GGGGACGCGCGGGCCUAGCGCGCGCGCGCGCGACGCCGGCAGCCCGCCCGGGCCCUGACGCCGCUCGCGCCCCCGCCGAGGCCGCGGUUCCCGCGAGCAUCAAGGGCGUGGCGGCGAGGCUGCGGGCGGCCCGAGCCGCGCCGACUGUGUCCCGGCUGCCGACCGCGGCGUCUCCCCAGGCCCGGCUCCUCGCGGCUGCCCGGCUCCCGCGUGGCCCGUCGGGCCGCUCCGGCCUCGCGCCUGCCCGCCUGCCUUCCUCCCUGCAGUGGCCAAGCGCGCAGGAGAGAUUUGAAGCACUUUUCACUGUCUAUGAUGACCAAGUGACAUUUCAGUUGUUCAAAAGCUUUAGAAGAGUCAGAAUAAAUUUCAGCAAACCAGAAGCAGCAGCAAGAGCGCGAAUAGAACUCAACGAAACAGACUUCAACGGGAAGAAGCUGAAGCUGUAUUUUGCACAGGUACAGAUGUCCAGUGAAACACGGGACAAGUCGUAUUUACUGCCACCCCAGCCAGUCAAACAGUUCCUCAUCUCCCCUCCCGCGUCGCCUCCGGUGGGGUGGAAGCAGGGGGAAGACGCGACACCUGUUAUAAAUUAUGACUUACUCUGUGCAGUUUCCAAACUGGGACCAGGAGAGAAAUACGAGCUCCAUGCAGGAACUGAGUCGACACCCAGUGUGGUGGUUCAUGUCUGUGACAGUGAAACUGAAGAGGCAGAAGAAACCAAAAACCCCAAACAGAAAAUUACCCAGACGAGGCGCCCUGAACCUCCAGCCGCAGCACUGGGUGAGCCCCAGACCUUCGAUGGGGCGCUGUGAGGCCGCUGGUUGUGGUGCCAGGCAGGUGCCCUUGUGGGCUCAGCACCGGAGCCCCGUGCCCCUCUGCAGCAUUGCCGGUCAUUGGCACUGAUCCUGUGUGUGGGGGAGGCUGGGAGUGAAUGGGGCGCAGUGUGUUUUGCCACCACGCCUGUGCUGCAGACAUAGCCCUAUCAGGUCGCGGCGGAUUUUACCUGGUCGCAAUUUUAACAGAUCUUCCGAACAGCACAUGAAAUGAAAGGAUUGGCCCCCAACGUGUCGCAACUCUUGACCAUUUUUUAAGCGGUAGCAAAUUAGGAAAUUUGGCUGAUUUCUGGCUCCUUCCAGCAAUGGUAACUUCCCUGAUUCCAUAUCGCAUGGGGUACCAAAAAACUAAAGCGGUAGUCACCGAGCUCAGUACCAUUUUUAUGAAUUUAAAAAUAGUCUUACAAUUUCAGUAAUCUGCUGUGGGUACUUUUGUAAUGGUAUAAUAGCUUCCAGCUACUCUGUUGAUCAAAGGUCAAUUGUUCCUCCAUAUACGUGAAAUUGUUUGAGCAGAAAGAAAUCUGAAAUGUAGAGUAAUUGAUAGAGAAUCAUUUUUCUCAAGUAGUUUUUUCUUUAGCUUUGGGGAGGAAAUGCCAAAUUCACUUUGACUAUGGGAAUCACAUAGUACAAAUCCGUGUGGGUGUUACUCUCUUCCCUGUUACUGUUAAACUUCAAGAGGACGGUGACGCACAGACCACUGUUCCCAAUGCACCGUCCCUCCCAGAGAAAGAACUGCUACUUUGGAAGUAGGACAUGCCACCAGAGAGUUUGACUGACGAGGACCUCAGGUGGCUCAUGCGAUCUGCCAUGUGGGACCAUGUGCUAGCCUGUAGCAUACCCAACUGUCUUUAGCCACCUGUUGAGUUUUUCAAUGGUAAACAUAUUGUGUGUGUCAUUCAUUGACUUUAAAGUUUUUUUUUUUAAUGUUUAUUUUUGACAGGGAGACAGAACAUGAGUGGGGAGGGGCAGAGAGAGAGGGAGACACAGAAUCCGAAGCAGGCCCCAGGCUCUGAGCUGUCAGCGCAGAGCCCGACGCGGGGCUCGAAUUCACAGACCGUGAGAUCAUGACCUGAGCCAAAGUCGGAUGCUCAACCGACUGAGCCACCCAGGCACCCCUUCAUUGACUUUAAAUUAGAAAAGGUACCGAUAAGGUUUUCCGAAGACCAAUGUUUAAUGGCCUAUUUAAACAUUUUCUAGUUUCCUUUGGAAGAAAAGACACACAUAUUCUUUUCUGCUGAGUUAGGGAAAGAUGGGGGAAAUUGAGAUCAUUCAGAUAGUCAGACUUCUGUUCCUGGUGCAGUCUUUUAUACCCUGGCUUACACUUGGCAUUUUUCCCUAAAACAGAAUCGUUUCUUAAUUGUGUUUCCGGAGUGGAUAGUGGAAGCCCCUAAAGCAGAAGCAAGCAUCUUUUUAACUUUCUGUGGUCUGUUCAGACUUUGUAAUCCUUUUAUAGAAAAGUCUCAUAACUAAGAAAACCUGGCUUUGGUCAGGUGGCUCUGCUGAGCUCUGUUCACUGUGCUGUUUCCUCCAUGUGUCAGAUGUCUGGAGCCCCCUGGCAUGUUGUGUGAGGGGCCACACAUGGGAGUUUGCACCAAUAAACCAAGGAGGCUGUGCCCACACGGAGAGAAGAACACAAAUUCAUGCCAGGAUGUCCGUACAUUUUUGGUAGCAUGUUUUUGUGGGUUAGAGGUUCUUAUUAUGGAGAGAUUUAUUUCUGAGGACUUAAACUGUAUUGCCAAAGAAAAAAAGUUUUCUAUAUUUUCCUUGCCCUCAAAUUCUCUAAGAUGAUACACUCUCCUCUUUAUAGAUGUCCGCUGCUACUAAGCUUCAAUAUAAAUUCAGUUGAAAUUUGUGAUCUCAUAAGCAGUUUAUUAAAUUCAGAUAAUUGUUUGGCAGUUUAACUGACAGUCACUUGAUACAUUUGCUUUGCAUUCUAAAUUUCCCAUUUUGCCAGUUUUCAAUCUUACCUGGCUACACUAAUCAUUGCAGAUUGGACCCCGUCAGGAAAUGUGUGUAUUUUCAACAGGUGGGAAUUAAAAUUUUUCCUUUUAGGUAAUGUUUAUUAGCUAUAAUUUUCUAAGUAAUCAGAAUCCAUGAUGUUUUAUUAUUUGGCAUGGCUUUCAUGGUCUUCCUUCCAAUUAAAGAAUAGUCUAUCCCUAACUUACAUAACCUGGUUUUAAAGUCAGGCAGUGCAAAUUACCUAAUAUUUUCUUUUUCUCUGUUCUUAUUGUUUUGAGAGUAUUGAAUAAAUUGAAAAACUUAAAUCAAAAUAAAUAUAUAUUAAAUAUAAAAUACAUCAUAUAUAUUAAACUUUUCUGAAUGGAAAACAUUAAUAUUUUCAUUGCCUCUAAUGUAGUUCCAUAAGGUGAAUGCUAGAAGAAAAACUACUAAAUGCCCAUAAACUUUUAAUUAUUGUGAAGUUAACCAGUUUCUCAACAAGUAUGAUGGGCUCUGUCCUUUUUUUGGCCAUUUUUAUAUCCAGCUCAUGUAACCAUCUUAUAAGAGAUGAGGCUCAUGUUCUUUUUUUAAGUUCCUUUUAAUAUGUUUAGCUACAUUUUUCUUCUCUGAAGUUGAGUUAUUGCUUAGAUUGAACUGAUAGUAGAGUAGCUAUGUGCUCUUUGGAAAUCAUAACUUCUUCUCGGGAAUCAAAUUACUUAGAGCAUUGUGAGGAAAGAAAAUGAUGCUUUGUGUUAGGAAAAAAACAGUCUGUGAGGGAUAAGAAAAUCAUAGCACUUAAUGAGAAUAGUCAACAGAACCUGCAGUGCAUCGGCUCUUCCGUUCUAGGUUCUUGCAGCAUACCCACCUGAUAAAACCAGAAAUCAGCCCAUUUAAGAAGUGUGCUGGUGUGAGGAUCGACUAGUUGAAGGUUCUAAGAGGCAGAAAGGGUAUGAACAGUUCCCUUGCCCUCGGGAGCAGAGAGCAGGAGAGCAGACUAAUCUUCUUACUGUCUGCUUCUUGAGACUUUAUACACUAAGCCUGUCCACAUAACUGAGAGCCCAGUAAACGCUACCAGGAACUUUUAAGCUCAACAAAAUGGUUCAAAUAGAACAUGGUGUGUUUGAAUCAGAGCUGCCAGGAGAUGGGGCAGGAACAGCACUGUCGUUCUUUUAGAAAAUGGUCAUUUUGUUUCCCACUCCCAGCGAUUUCAUCUCAAAAACUGUUGUGAUCGAAAGUGAAGACUAGAUUCUCUCAGAAUCUGAGCCACUGUGCUGAAGGAGGCUUUGGAAAAUGACGUACUCUACUCCUGUGACACAGACGAGAAACUUGAGGUGAUGCGACUGGUUUCAAAGCUCGCAGGGACUAGCUUGCAUUCCCAGCUCCCAUGUUUGGGCCUUUUCUACUUUUUUCUUGCCUAGGCCUCUUUAGAGGCCCUCAGAAGCAGUGAAUCUCUGUCAUAAGAAAACAGACAAACAAAAAAAAAGGGAAAAGAACUCUAUCUCCCCCUGAAGGGAUACAGUGAACAAGAAACAUCAGAUGAAGGUAGGGACUUAGUAAUUUCAUGAGUGAAGUUAUGUUCCGUGUUUGUGUUUCUGUUGUCAUCGUGCUGUUGGGAUUGGAAUCCCACUAAAUAAUGGCAUUUUGGUAGCCAGCAAUUAUGUUGACAUUUUGUGUGGGCUUUCCUAGAUUUUAGUCAUAACGAGAUUAAAAUAUAAACAGUCAUACUUGAGAUGUGACUCUCAGGAAGCAGCGUGAGAUCUCGUCGGAUGUGGAAACAGUUUGCAGUGGAAUGACACCAUUACCCAGUGCUUGUAAAAGGUUGAAGACUGACCUGUGCUUCAUGUUUUUAGAUAGACUCUUUUACAGACCAUAGCUUUAUUUUUAAAAGGGAAGAUCUCAAACAUAAUUAAGCAGUGGAAAAUGUAUGAUUUCCUUUGGUGCAUCAAAGUUCCCUGUCUGCUGGUAUCUGCCUUUUCUCUGAAGAUGUGUACUUUAAUACCUGUCACCCAGGUGAACGUGGUCAACCUUCCUUCCCCCCCACCCCCCCACUGUGCUCCUGUUUUCCACCUGCAUCUGCAUCGUCCUGUAUGAAAGGAAACAAAUUACUUUAUCCGUGUGACAAUAUAAAGGAACAAAAGGUGAGGGGAUUCAUUCCUCCCAGCUGGAAGGUAAGUCCAUUGUAAUAGAAGCUUACUUUUUAACAAGUUAAAUACAUUUGAAGAAAAAGGUUUAUGAACCUUGUUCAACAAUAUGACAAGUUUGCUUUAUAAACUCCCCUUGGGGUCCGGGCCAGCCAGAUCAUUUUCAUUGGAACGCCAUCGUUGUGUUUAACCAUGAAUCGGGAAAAUGCCAAUACCUUGAAGAGUGUUGUUUUUAUUACCAAAUACACAAGCCACAAAGCAACAGGAAGUUGCUACAACUGCUAGGUUUUACCGACCAAAAAGAUCAUAAAAACGGUCACGUUCAAAAUAGAAGUUUCCAGCCAAGCUUAAGAAAAAUGAACAUUGAGCUGAGUCCAAGUGUCUCCAUCCAUUUAAACAGAAGUGUAAAGACCUUUUACUACAUCAGACGCGUGGUCUCUCUUGUAAACUGUGUUUCCUUUUGAAGCAAAAUCAAUUAUGGGCUGCAGACCCUUGGAGUUUCCUGCACCGCUUCGACUGAAUGUUCAUUCUGUCAUAACGGAAGAUCUCUAUGCAGAUAAUACGCGCUUUCCUGUAUUGUUUCCUACUUAGUGCCCAGGCUGCCUCCCCCAGACUGGGGACUGCGGAGAGAGAAAGGUGGCUACUCGUGUGGCUGCGCUAUCCUCUUCCCACGGCUUGUCACCCCGAGGUGGGGGCCCCAGACAGGAGGGAUCCACGUUUCUGCUGCCAGCGCACAUGUCCUCCAACUUUAUCUUCAUUGAACCCAGGAGUUGGAUUGCCAUUUUAUGUGAACAUGUUUGUGAUCUUGUGUUAUCUUCAUGGGCACGUUAUUUUUCUGGUACUAUAAAUUAUAGUGAAUAUUCAUUGUACUUCUGAAAACUGGUCAGUAAUUUAUAUACAUGUAUUCCGUAUUUUAGUGUGCUUGAAGUGACAGUCCGUAAUUCGUAGUAGUUCGUUACUUGUCAACUUUGGCUAUCCUGUAUUUUUAGGACAUGUAAACGUUCCUUGUCCUAUCAAAGUGACAAAAGCAGAAUGUAAUUUUUUUUGGAAUCCUUGUGAUUACUUGUAACAAGUUUUGUUUUUAAAGCUAAUAAAAAUAAAAUUAGG